AUGCGGGGCAGCACCGCCGGCAUCGGGGACGGCUUCAAGGGACGCAGCCGGCGCCACUACGCGCUGCUGUCUCUCCUGGACACACUGCUGGCCUGCCUCGUCGUCUCGCCGCUCACCAUCGCCUGCUGGCGAGGCUGCUGGGAGCUCAUGGACCUGCACGUGGUGCCAGGCUGGCCCCGCACCAGCGCCGCUGUCUCCCUGGCGACCGGCGCGCUGGGCCAGCUGCUCCUCGGGGUCUUCCAGCGCCCCCUGGCCGCCUUCCUGCGCCCGGACCGCCGCCGCCUCACCUACUACGCGGCGUCGCGCCUCUACACGGCUGCCUUCGCCGCGUCGUGCGUGGGCUACUGGCGCGGCGUGUUCCUCGCGCUGCACCUGAGCCUGGGUGCGCGCGAGUGGCCCGCGUGGGCGCUCACCCUGCUGGCCGCCGCGGCGCUGCUGGCGUCCCGCACGGCGCGCAACGUGGCGGCGCCGCCCUUCGUCGUGGCCGUCGACUCGUGGCGCGGCUACUUCGAGGUGCCCACCAUGUUCCGGCUGUCGUUGUUCUCGUGUGUGACAGCUGUAGGGACCGGCAGGUUGUUGUUGUCCGUGCAGAAGGAGCAGGACGCCGGCAUGUACGUGCUGGACUGCGUGUUCAGCGUGGCGGUGAUCGGCACUCUGUCGGUGGUGGUGUGGCGCGGCGUGUGGACGCUGCUCGACUCCUACCUCUACCCGGACAGCGUGUGUCGCUCCGCCUGGGGCUCGCUGCUGCUGGGGUACGGCGUGGUGCUGGUGGUGUUCGCGCUGCAGCCGCCCAUGAAGGCGCUGUGCACGCGCCUGGCCGGCCGCCCCCGGCUCGCCGCCGCCGACCUCUACGUGCUCGUCUCCUUCUUCGGCACCGUGAACGUGUGGCGCGGCGUGUGGCUGCUGCUGGACGCCUACUUCCUGCCAGACAGUCCGCACCUGAGCAACUGGCUGUCCUUCUCCAUCAGCCUGUUGCUGCUCAUGUUCAUGAACUGCUCCAACUCCAUACUGGUGCGAGGGGUGUACAUCGACGGCGAGGAGGAGGGGGGGAAGUGCGUGGUGUUCCCCUGCUACUACCUGAGACUGUACUUCCAGAACAAGCGGAAAGAGAGGCUCCGCCAGAUUCAGGUGGACCAGAUGAAGCAGCAGCUGCGGGACAAGGCGCAGCUGCAGCUGCAGCAGCAGCCAGACCCGUCCGACCACCACCUGCAGGUGCCCCUGAUCGUGCCGAGGCUGUCCGUCGAGCCGCCCGAGGAGGACUAG